AAAAAGGGUGUCUUUCCACUCCAGAAUAAACCCUUGAAUAUGGAAUUAAUCUGUGGAUUGCCUUGCUGCAGGACAUUGAGGCUGCCAGGAGUUUGCAUGGUCUUGAGGGGACAAAUCCAUGGAGAGUUGCCAAAUACAUGGAGAUCCCCCGCUGGCUUAAUGUCCUGGCACCCCCUGUACCGCAGCUCCAAGUUCCGACACGUCUACGGCAAGGCUGCCAGCAAGGACAAAUGCUAUGACUGUGUGCCCAUCACCUGCAGCGUCCAUGACAACCACUUCUGUGCUGUCAACCCCUACUUCAUCGCGGUGGUGACUGAGUGCGCUGGAGGUGGGGCCUUCCUUGUGAUCCCCAUUCAUCAGACGGGCAAGCUCGAUCCACAUUAUCCCAGAAUAUGUGGGCACAAAGGGAAUGUUCUUGACAUCAAGUGGAACCCGUUCAAUGACUUUGUAAUAGCUUCGUGUUCGGAAGAUGCCACUGUUAAAAUCUGGGACAUCCCCAAGUACUUGCUAACAAGAAACAUCACCAGUCCGAAGAAGGAACUUGUUGGACAUGUACGAAGAGUAGGUCUCAUUGAGUGGCAUCCCACUGCCAGUAACAUCCUCUUCAGCUCUGGCUAUGACUAUAAGAUAAUGAUCUGGAACCUCGACACCAAGGAGACUGUCCUCUCAAACCCAGUGAAGAUCCUUGAUGUUCACAAAGAUGUGAUCCUCUCCAUGUCAUUUAACACAGAUGGUAGUCUCCUUGCAACAGCCUGCCGGGACAGAAAUAUUCGUCUGAUAGACCCUCGUGCAGGAAUAGUCCUACAGGAAGCCAACUACAAGUCUCACAGAGUCAAUAAAGUCUUGUUUCUUGGAAAUAUGAAAAAGCUGCUCUCUACUGGAACGUCUCGGUGGAAUAAUAGGCAGAUUGCAUUAUGGGAUCAAAAUGACCUUUCUGUGCCUUUAAUGGAGGAGGAUCUGGAUGGCUCCUCAGGGAUCUUGUUUCCCAUCUACGACUCAGACACACACAUGCUUUACAUUGUGGGAAAGGGUGAUGGAAAUAUACGGUACUAUGAGAUAAGCCCUGAGAAACCGUACCUGAACUACCUGAUGGAAUAUCGUUCUCCUUUACCACAGAAGGGAAUUGGAAUAAUGCCAAAGAGAGGUCUUGAAGUGUCAGCCUGUGAGAUUUUCCGUUUCUACAAAUUGAUCCCAACUAAAAGUCUGGUUCAGCCCAUCUCCAUGAUUGUGCCUCGACGGUCGGAGUCAUACCAGGAAGACAUCUACCCCUUGACUACUGGAGCCCAGCCAGCACUGACAGCACAAGAGUGGCUGAACGGAGUUAACAAAGGGCCUCUGCUGGUAUCCUUGAGACCAGGCUCUGGAGCUGUGAAUUACUUACCGCAGUUUCUUGAGCCUGAGCCACUCCUGCAAACAGCCCCAAGCCAAAACCAGGACUGGGGAGGAAGUAUGCCGCUGGAGGACAACAAGAAGCGAAGUAAAGCCCAAGACAGCAGGAACCAGCUAAAAGUGGAAGAGACAUUGCUGCAAAAAGAGCAAAUGCGCCUACCCAAUGGCUUUGACAUAUCUGAGUGUCCACCGCCAAAAACUGAAAAUGAGCUCUUGCAGAUGUUUUACAGACAACAGGAAGAGAUCCGGAGACUACGAGAGCUGGUAAACCAGAGAGACAUCCAAAUUAAACAGCUAGAGCUGGAGCUCAGAAAUGUCUGCAAGGAUACGGGCAGGUACUGAGGGCAGUAGCCUUCAGCCCUUCACCACUGGCAACUGCAACAGACUCCAGUUCCUGUGGAGAACUCUUUUUAGGUUUUUUUUUGCUGGGGGAAAGACUGAUGUUUCAGGCAAUGGUGCUUCCCUGGCUCGCAGUGGUCACAUUUCCCUAAUCAUCACCAGGCAGUUACCAAUGGACUUGCUAUACUUCUUCAGGCUCCCUCUUGCUUGCAUGUCCAUUCAUAUCGGAAGCUCAUGUGUUAGUGGUAGUGGAGACUUUGGGAAAUCUUGCUUUUCAGGUCCUGAAGAAGCAACCAGUUAAACUCUAGUGACCUAUUUUGCUGCCCAUCCAUAAGGAUGGAGGAGUGGACACACCUUCUUUUCCCACCCCCAAGACCCAGCAAUGCAUUUUCCAUGGCCACUGCCCUCCUGCCCUGGAAGACAACAUUGCACCUGAGCUUCAGAGGCAGCUCUGGCUCCAAAGCAAUCCUCAUGCACCCGUCUUGCCUCACCAGUCAACCUUGCACAUGGCUGGGCAAAGCCCUGACUGCCCUAGCCUAGUGCUGGGGGUCAUUUUUCCCAGCACUUUUGUUGAUAAAAGAAGAGUUGGUCUUUCUGGAGGCCCUGCUUUACAGGGCUGGUUCCCACUGAAGAAGCUGCAGGAGCAGCAGAGGUCUCUGGGUCCUCCAAGUCAGUGGCCUUGUUUCACGACAGUGCUCUUCUUCUGCCAAAACCCAGCUGCGAUCAGGUGGGGUAAUUGUCCUGCAGUGCUCAUCAGGCAUGGGAGGAUGACAGCCAAAGCUGGGAUGGAUUAAAAGCAGCAGGGGGAGAUGCUGGACUCCCUACAUGCUGCAGCCCUCUCAGCAAUGGUGCUACUGACAGCGGGACCAAGAGACAGCCCUGAACAGCCCUUGUGCCCACGGCUGCCUUUUCCUUCGUGUCCAAACACCGGCAUCUCUUCUGGCUUCCCUGUGCCUGGUGGCCAUGCUUGUUAGUACCCAACUUUCCAGCAUGCCACCUUGCCCAGGGUGGGGGUGCGGCACAAAGGGAGAGCAUUUGCAGCUGCCUGGGCACAGCAGCAGUUUCCACAAGGCUUUUCCCAUUCCUAAAUGCCGAGGUCACAGAGGUGUCCUACCCCUAAGCAGAACAGGCAACUGCAGCUUAACCUGUAUCUAUAGCUAUCUAUCUGUUGUGAUGCAUGUAGGUACGAAUACCGUGGCCUGCUGGUUCUCUGAAGCCUGGUGUUUUUCAAGAGGCUUAAAAUAAUCUGUGUAGACAAAGCCCCUGCAAAGAGGGCUUCUUAGCAAAGGGACUAAGAGCUGUGGACUGCCUGUGCUCGUGUGAGAUGCCUUUCUGGUUACUGCUGAAAGCAGUAGCCAGGAGUGAGCUCAUGGGCUCAUAUACAAUGCUCAUAUACAAGAAUCACAGAAUGACUUGAGCAUCCCUUUUGCUCUACUGCAGAGAAUUCACCCAGCUUUCAAAAAUAUCUGUAUCAUGCAUUUCUAUGUUUCAACAACAUAUUUGGGUGCUAAAAGUCACUUUUUUGUUUCCUUCUAAAUAAGUUCUCUGUGAUGCUACAGAGAGGGGAUAGUCAUUCAGGAAAAGCCAUUUAGCACCAGUCACUUAUUUAACACUACACUUUUUUUUGUAAAAAAAAUAAGGGGAUAGUAAUAUAUUAAUAACAAAGUUGUAGAAACAAACUUCAACUCAUUUCAAAGUGGACUUUUUCUGCAUCCUGGGAACGCUCUGCCAUACAGAGUUACCUGCAAAAGCAGCUUUCCCCAGAUACAAAGCUUUAAAGCAGUGCAUGAAUCUUACAAGGCCAAUAGUGGUCAGGCUUUCUCACCAAUAGGAAUAGAUAAAUAAGAAAGAGAUUGAGAAGCCUGUGAUUUUUUAGCUCUGUGAAAAAGGCCGACAGCUUCAAACUUGGAAGCCAUUAUCACAGAAUGUAGCCACACUGAUGUGACACAAACACUCUUUGCUUUUCAAGGGAUCCUCAUCAGAUCGUUUGACACAGUCUCAGCAGUCCAUGUGAUAUGUCAGUUUCCCUGUCACCAAAUGUGUUUUAUGCGCUGCCUUGUUUUUGCUUAUUUUUCGUACAGAAUAAAUUAUUUAAAUUAUUUCCAAGAUAAAGCAAUUUGUUUCCAAAGGAAUUUUAUGUUCUCUUGAGAAUUGUUUUUUUGUUCAUGCUGUGGCUAGCAUAGUAAUUGCUUUGCCUCCAUGGCACUCAGCUUAGAGUUUUUUUGAUUUACAGAAAAGAAAUUACUUUCAUUUAGGCUUUGCUGGUAACCUUUACAAGAGCAAAGAGUACUUAAUCAGAACUCCAGCAGAACCUUUUUUUUAUUAGAUGGUAUGCCUGUAUAAGUGUAGACUUUGAUAGGUGUUUCAAUCUGGAGCUGAAAUGCAAGCAUAGAUCUUUUACAGAGAGGAAAAAAUGUGGAGAAAGUGGAUUUGUGUGUUAAUGAACUGUGCCUAAAUAGACUUAACUGAUCACUUCAACAGUUUCUUAAAGUCCUUGUAUCUUUGUAAAAAAAAAAAAAAGUUAAGAAAUGGGGAUAAAAACACGUUUGUGCAAUGAAAACCAAAUGUAACUGAACAAUAAAUAUCUGUUUAGAGUUUUACUUUUUUGAUA